CGUAGAUCAGUCGAAAUGAAGCCACUAAAUCCUGAGAUUCGGAAGAAGCCCUACAUCAGUCCGGCCCAGAACACCACGAUGGCAUCCAAAUUGCUGGCAACGUUUCUUCUCCUUGGCAUGUGCAUUGCAACACUUGGACAACAGGCGUUCAGAACUUCCCACUUCAGACCCGAUAAUGCUGGAAGACGUCCUGGUGCAGUAAGAGAAGAUCUUAAGCCAGUAGGACCUGGCGGAAUACGAGAGGACUUCAAGCCAGUAGGACCUGGCGGAAUACGAGAGGACUUCAAGCCAGUAGGACCUGGCGGAAUACGAGAGGACUUCAAGCCAGUAGGACCUGGCGGAAUACGAGAGGACUUCAAGCCAGUAGGACCUGGCGGAAUACGAGAGGACUUCAAACCAGUUGGAGCUUCUGGUUAAGUGGAUUGUGAGAAUCCGGCACCUGUUACGAUCUAAAGUCUACGUUGGACCAUCUGCUUUAUUACGUUAGGCUAAGACCGAUAGUAAUCUAGAAGUCUGUCAUGUCGAAAUAAAAAGAAAAUUAUAGCAUCUACUUAAGGAAAAAUGAUACAUACACAAAUUACUAAGUACUUUCAACAGAAGAUCAGGAAAUAAGAUUCGCAUUAUGAUUAGCUGUAAUUGACAACAUUAAUUUAUUAAUAAUUCUAUUAAAACGGUGACAAAUCAAA